AUGGGGAUUAUGUCUUCUCACAAGACUUUCAGAAUCAAGCGAUUCCUGGCCAAGAAACAAAAGCAGAAUCGUCCCAUUCCCCAGUGGAUUCGGAUGAAAACUGGUAAUAAGAUCAGGUACAACUCCAAAAGGAGGCACUGGAGAAGAACCAAGCUGGGUCUGUAA